UCUAAAUCUAAGCAAAUGUUUAUUCAACAGCAGGAGGAUGAUCUUCUACUUGAGUGUGAUUUUCCUGAGUUUGCAUCACAUGAGGUAUUGGGGGUGUGUGCCACAAAUGCCAUGGACGUACAUUCUCAAAAUGAUACUUUUGACUCUGACACUCAAGUGCAGGUCAGUACUCAGAUAAGCCCAAAAACCUACAGUGGGUCUUUCUUUUCUUACCCCCCUCAACCAUCAGACCUUAAUCAGCUUACAUUACAGUCAAAGUGCCAGUCUCAUCAGAAACUCAGUUCUGACUUACUGGAAAUGCCUAGAGUCUCCUUGCGCAGGUCAUCCAGGAAAGAAAUUGCUUUCGAAAAACCUGAGGGAGCCCUUGUUAAUAAAACUGUUUUCCUCACAAAAAAGAAAAUCAUUCCUCAGCACCAGCCUGCCUUUCACUCGGAAGUGGAAAUUUCAAAUAUUUUUGUACCUGAAAAAAAAGUGAAACGAUCUGCUUUUCAUAAAAGAAAGAUAACUGCUUCUGAAAUGAGAUUAAAGACAACUCAUCAUGGAGCUAAAUCUUCAGAAGAGUAUUCACACAAGGAUACAUAUCCCAGAUCAUUUAGGACACCCUUAAGUUCUGUUGACUGGCCUCAGCUCUUCAUGCUCCAAAAUCAGGAUGGAUUUUGGCAACUUACAUCAGCGCUUGGUAUUCUUUUAAAUCUUGAUGUGCAUCAUUUAAUCCAUGUCUCACUUGCAAAAAAAGGAAUUCAGUCACUUGGUCCAAAAGGAAAAGAGAAGUUGUUGCAGUUGAUUGCCACCCUUUUGGUGCUCCAGGCUAUAUAUUUCAAACAACUGGAAGGCCUUAUCUUCAAAUCUCUAAUGAAAUUGAAAGACUCUCCCCCAUCAUGGGCACUUAACCCAGUAAGGAAAGCAACUGAAUGGGCAAAUAGAACUAGCCGGGAAUUUCCAGGUAUUUGCCAGUGUCUUGAGCUUGGAAAAGACUGGGAUGAUGCCACUAAGAAGCUCCUGGGUAUUUAAGUAAUGGAGACAACAUACUUCACCCUUCUCCUAGUACUUGAACACUAGUAGUCUGACUAGCAGUAAAAGUGCACUAUCAUUGAUUUCCUUAUUUAAAAUAAUAAUUAGGUUGGUUAUUCAACUGAGUACUUUUAUUCUCUUUAUGUAUUUCAUUAUGUAGCUUUGAUACUCCAGGUUGUAAUCAAGAAUAUAUGUGUAUAUAUAAUAUACUAUCCAACAAUACUAUUUUUCUUCACCCCCUCACCCUCUAAAUACAAUUAUUUUCUUCAGUUUUCAGAAAUAGUGCUUGCUUUGUUAAAACAAAAUUUGAAAAGUUUGGUUUCUAUUAAUAAAAAUCAAGUCUGUUAGCGUCUCUAGUGAUUAACUCUAUUGAAAAAGAAAUGAGUGAAGACUUGCCCAUUCCUAUGUUCAAUUGCAUUCAGAGGAAAACUGAUGCAUAGAAAGGCAACAAAGUAUAAAUGAGAAAAAUAUAUUUUCAGUCAGAGAAAAGAAACUGCAAUUAGUAUGAAGUUCAAUAAAGGAAACUUAAACUAAAUUUUGGCAGCCUAAAUUUUAGAAAAGUGUUUAUUUGGUAAAUUUAUCUAGCCACCCAUCUCACACAUGCAUCUCACACACUGAGCAACAUACGAAGUUAAAAAACACAAAAACAGUACAGCAAAAUAACCAAAAACAUAAUCAUUAAAAAAAAAUACGGUUUUUUAAAAAUGUUUUUAAUCUGCAACAGAGCAUAUCAGUUUCCCUAGCAAUAGAGCCACUUGGCUGGCUCCAUACCCAUGUUACAGGAUCCCCAGCCCAAAUGGCAAAGCCCUGUCUUCAGGGCCUUCCAGAAGGCCAACAAAGUCGGGCCAAUCUGACCUGAUGGGAAUGAUACUCCGAAGGGCGGGCGCUGUGGCAGAAAAUGAUCUCCUCCUGAGUCCGGAUGACACUCCUUUGUGGACGGGAUCUGCAGCGUGCCCUUCCUGAUGGGACGGGUAGAUUGACUGGGGAGAGACAAGCCCUCAAAUAACCCGGGCCCAUGCCGUGUGAACUGGAAACAAGAGAAAGUAAUAGCCAUGUGUUAUUUUAGAGCAGGGUUAGCCAAUCUUCCUGGCCAGAAAACUUCCAGCUCGCCGGCUUCCUGCAGCUGAUUCCUGCUUUUUGAGAAAGCGCUUCUCCUCCUCGCUCAGAUGCAAUCAAACGCUGGACUCCGGCGUGGGAAACUCGCUUAAGCUCCGGCGGGAAAAAGUGCACCCCAAAGCCCACAGAUACCGAAAAUUCAAGGGAUGCCGUUCUUGCGCGUUAUAGCAGAUCUCAAAAAGCCCAAGCACGCUCGGUGCUCGGAUAGGAGAUCGUAGAGUAUAAGCCAGACCGGGAAUUAAAAAAACAACAACAGCUGUCUCCAAUCGCUUCCGUACCGCCGCCAAAACAACGCACGUGCACGCCGAGCAGAACUCCAAAGAGUGUUCCCUUGAGCUCUCCCGCCCCACC